AUGGCUGCAGGGAGUGUUCCCUCCCAAAUCAUAGAAAAAGAAAGAAAAAAGUUACUAGAAAUCCUACAACAGGAUCCUGACUGUAUCUUAGAUACGUUAACCUCUCGGAAGGUGAUUUCUGAGGAAGAGUAUGAGAUUCUGGAGAAUAUUACAGAUCCCCUGAAGAAAAGUCGGAAGCUGUUGAUUUUGGUACAGAAAAAGGGAGAAGUGAGCUGCCGGCUUUUUCUCAACUGUUUGUUUAAUACUUUUUCCCAGUCAGCUACCAUUUGCAACUUAAAUCAAGAAGUUUUGAAACAUGAGUAUAGAGAGCCACCUCCACCGAUAGGAGCAAGCAAGGAAGAUGUUUUCCUUCCUGGAGAAAAACAUCCUGAUAACCCUGAGAUCACCAUGUCCUUCAAAGAGAAAGAGUGCUUGGAUUUGGAAACCUCUGAGUCUUCCACAGGCAAGGAAACUGGUUAUCAGGAAACUGCUUGGUCCUCAAAGGAAAAUGAGAAGGAAGACAACACAUCAAAACUCACAUCACCACAGUCAGUUGAGAUCAUUGAGUAUGAAUUUCCAGUAACUAUUGAGUAUUUACAGGAUGGACAGAAAUACGAGGAGCCAGAUGAUUCUUUAUACUUAGGACAAGAGGACUAUUUAGAAUCUGUGGGGUACUCUGAAGAUGCAAACAUCAUCCUGGAAGAGGAGGCUUACAGUGACCCAGAGGGCAGUAUCUAUGAUGGCAGAGAGGACUCUGUCUACCUUGGAACCACAGAGUUCUCUGAUGAAGAACAGAAUUAUGAGGAUCCAGAAACUGGCAUGUCUUUGGAGGAGGAAGAGAAGCGUAUGGAAGAAAGAAAAAAUGUGUUUAAAGAUGUCCUGUCCUGUUUGAACCUGGACACAAGCAGAAAGCUUCGGUCAGACUUCGUGAGACAGUUCUCCUUAGACCGAGGAUGUACGUGGGUGCCUGAGACUCCAAGUGACUUGGCUUGGAACUUCCUGAUGAAAGUUCAAGCACUGGAUGUGACAGCCAGAGAUUCAGUCCUCAGACCCAAGGUUCUGGGUGAAGAGAGCAAAGGGGAAUUGCUGACUGGAGUAGAGAACUUGGAAACUAGAGAAACAGAAACCACUAAUCCCCUGGAUGUCCUUUGUGCCUCUUUGCUGUCUUCAGACAGCUCUUUGCAACGUGAAGUCAUGUCAAACAUGUAUCAUUGCCGGUUUGCUCUUCCCCUGCUACUGCCAGAUGCAGAAAACAACAGAAGCAUUUUAAUGCUAGGGGCCAUGAAGGACAUUGUGAAGGAGCAGUCAACACAGUCUUCAGGAGGGCCUACAGGGGAUACAGAAAAGCUUCUGACUCUCAUGAAGAUGCCUGUCAUCUCUUUUGUGCGUCUAGGAUACUGUAGCUUUUCCAAGUCCAGAAUCCUCAAUGCCCUGCUCAGCCCUGCCCAUCUGAAAUCACACAAAAUCUUUCUUCAUCAGGACUUGCCUGUUCAGGUGCUUCCCCGGCAGAUCUCUGAUGGCCUGGUUGAGAUAACAUGGUCUUUUCCUGAUAGCAGCAGUUUAAGUGAAAACCCCAGUUUCCCCCAGAAGCCUGUUGCUGUGGCCAACCUUCGUGGAGAUCUAGAAAGUUUUUGGACACAGUUUGGUUUCUUGAUGGAGGUUUCCUCAGCUGUGUUUUUUUUCACUGACUGCCUAGGUGAGAAGGAAUGGGACUUGCUAAUGUUUUUAGGAGAAGCUGCCAUUGAAAGAUGCUACUUUGUCCUCAGUCCCCAGGCCAGGGAGAGUGAAGGGGCUCAGGUUUUCCAGAGGGUCUUGAAGUUGAAGCCAUCACAGCUACUGUUUUGGGAGGAGGAGGAAGCGGGGCAGAGAGGGAGGAACAUGGAGGGUCUUCAAGCCGCCCUCCAAGAAGUGAUGUCCUCUUCACUCAGAUGUGUGUCUGUGGAAGACAUGGCCCCCCUGGCCAGAGAGUUGGGGAUACAGGUAGACCAAGACUUUGAGAACAUUCAGGGGAUUCAAGUUUCCCCUAGUAAAAACGUGACUGGAACAGCUGAAGAUGAGGGAUCACAAAGACACAGUCAGUCAGAAAACUCAUCUGAAAGCCCUGCUAAGGUGUCUGAGACUAGUUGUCAGAUCAGCCCAAAUCGUCAGAAUUUCCAUCUCCCUCCAGUAUUCAUUCUUCCUCUGAGAAACUUCCGUCCUUUACCAGCCAGAAUUGGAGGUAACUUUAACCAUGGUUCUUUGAAAGCCCCUUGGCCUAUGGGCUCCCGCUUUUGGUUACAGCAGAGGCCUAAGAGUUUCCAUCCUUUGCCCUUUCAGAAUACAAGGGCACAGAGUCCAGGCAAACAUUUUGGAAUUCAGUAUUUCCAGCCCCAGAGAUUUUAUUCAGGUGAAACAUUUAUGAGAUUCUCAGGAGCUCCUUGGAGACAUCACAUGGGCAGAACUUUUGGGAGACCACCAAGACCCAUUUCUCAGCGUAUACCGGCCCGGCCUCAGAGACCACAGACGAUGGGAGCCCUUGAAAGGUCUGGGAAAGUGGACUCCCAGGGAGGCCACCUCCAUUCCCUGGGUUCAAAGCCAGCAGGAGCAGUUGGGAAGCCUGGGCAAGUCAGUGCCUGGGGAACAAGGCCAACAGAAACAAUUAGAACAUUCGUGAGAACGAAGCCCCACACUGAAAAUCCUCACCAUCAAGCCUCUCAAGCAGCAGGAGCCACACAAAAACCAAGAAGGACUGCCUGUCAGCAAGGAGCUAAGCUGAAGACACAAGGUGGGCCUUCAAAUCCAUCUUUCCAAAUGGGAUUCCAUCCUAUGUCCUACAGCAUGUAUUUGCCCAGCUCUCAAUUAAAAUCUAAUCAGCCCAAGUCACCCCAGGUCAAGCAGUCCCAGCCCAAACCCUCCCAACCUGUGCCCUUUCAACCCAAACCCACUCAACCCAAACCCACUCAACCCAAACCCACUCAGCACCAGGCACCCCGAGCUGAAAGUUCUCCAUCCAAACCCACUCAGCCCAAGCCAUGCCAGCCCCAGUCCUCCCAAUCUAAACCUUCUCAGCCCAGACCUACUCAACCCAAGUCAUCUCAUACUGGUCCUUCACAGGCUAAGGCAUGUUACCCAAGAGCAGGGCCCAAGAAGGGAGGGAAGCAUUAA